AUGGCGGCCGUGGCGUCGCUGAGCGGCUGGGCCCGGGGAGCCCGAGCCGCCGCCGGGUCCGUCUGGGCCGGACGCCUGUGCCGGCCGCCGCGGGCACUGAGGUGCAUAUUGUCAAAGUCAUUUUCAAAAGGAUCCUCUGUGGCAAAACGGCCGCAACGUCCCUUGACUGCGUACCUGCGGUUUUUAGCCCAGCAGCGUUCUAUAUUUAAAAAGCAAACUCCAGAUAUGAAAAAUGAAGAAAUAGUAAAAAAAUCUGGUGAAAUGUGGAGGGAACUUCCUGAAGUAGAGAAGCAGGUGUACAAAAACGCUGCAAAUGAAGACUGGGAAGCAUACAGAGAAGAGAUGGCUAAAUAUCAAGCACAGCUAACUCCACUUCAGAGAAAAGCUAUGGAGAGUGAAAAGAUAGAAAAACAGGCAAAAAGGCGAGCAUCCAAAAAGAAGAGAGAGCUAACCGUGUUUGGAAAACCCAAAGAAACUCGCUUACCUCAGAACAUUUUUGUGUCGGAACAUUACCAGGGCGCCAAGGGGGAUUCUUGGCAGGAAAAGAUCAAGUCGUUAUAUGAAGCCUGGAAAAAUAUGCCUAGUUCUGAAAAGCAGGUAUAUUUUGAACUUGCUAAAGAAGAUAAAAUUCGUUAUGAAAAUGAGAUGAAGAUUUGGGAAAAGCAAAUGAUUGACCUUGGACGGAUAGAUCUGCUGUGUGUCAAAAGUAGAAGAAGCAAAAUCAAAGGUGACAACAAGAAAAGCCCUGCAUAACAUCCUGCGACGAGUUUUGAUCGCGUUGUCCUCGUUAGAGGGAUUCGAGAAGCAAAUUGGGUGUCACUACCUGGAACUAUGACAAAGAGGAGAUGAUAGGUAAAUUUUAAAAUCAAUAAUUUGUCAACAGGUGGGAUCCUCCAUCUGUGCUUCACUUAUCCCAGGGGAGGGGCCGGCACUUCAGAAUACCCGCCUUGUUGCCAGUCUGCAGCCAGUGAACUCAAUCAAUCAAUCAAUCGUAUUUAUUGAGCGCUUACUGUGUGCAGAGCACUGUACUAAGCGCUUGGCAACAGAUAGAGACGGUCCCUACCCUGCUCACCUGUCCGAAGGUCAGGGGGCAGAAGCCACAAGUUAAAACUCGUCCAUUUUCAGGACUGCCGUGCUGUUGUCACAGACCUGGAGGGGAUGCUGAGUGUGAAAAAUGAGAUAAAACCCCUUUCAGCCAUUACUGGAUUGAACAAAUUGAGAUCGCUUUGUUUCCCCUCUCUAUCAUUUGCCCCUAAAAGCUCUUUUACAAGGCUUCUCCCAGUGAGUUUCUACAUUUUUAAUGAGGACCAUACCCUCUGGAGCAAAAUUUAGGAGAGACUUUGUGGCAGGGAAGAUUUUGAUAGCCCCAUUGGUAGAGUGUUGACCGACUUUACCUGAUGUAAACUUGAACUUUGAAUUGUUUUUGUUUCUGCAUGUUCGGUAAAAAUGACUCCAAAAUGAAGCGGGAAGUAUUUAGCCUUUUCAGAAACAUUUUUUUAUUACUAAGCCCCCAAAUAUCCAAGACAUCGGGAAGCAUUUCUGAGUGUGGAGAAAUUAAAAUGUAGUCCGUUUCAAAUCAAAUCAAAGGUUUUAAUUAAUACUUGCUAAAAUACUUGGAGAAGGUUAGACCUAUAUGUAAUUACUGACUUCAGUAGUUAUUAAUUCAUUUAUAAUAGGUUGUCAACAGGAUUGUGGGCAAACACCAAUCUCAGGGGGAAUUAAAGUCCUCCAUUUCUUAUUCUGGAGUCUGACGUGAUCCUAUUUCUUUUUAUUUUUUUACAUGGGCAUUUGCAAGAGGGCUCCAUCCCAUCUCCCUUCCCCCCUCCUCAGCCUCCUGACUAUAUUUUUAUUCCCACCCACCCCUAACCACCCCCAAAAGACGGCAUAUCAAACCUAUGCAUUCCAUUGUUACAUCGCAUAGA